AGGACCGGGUGGCUCACUUGUGUUAGUGCGGAGAAGGACCGUGCUUCUUUGUUCCAAUCUCAAUUUCUCUCUCUCCUCCACACUGUCUGUAUCUGCAGUCUCGGUCUAUCCUCUCUCUCGUUAUUCCACUACAGUAUUAGACAGGUCUGGAUGAUUGCAAAGACGGCAAUAUGGCUGUGAACCUCAGCAAGAAUCGACUGAACCUUUUAACCGCUUAUCAGGAUGUUAUCGACGAGAAAUCCUCCACGAACUGGGCGCUGUACACAUACGAAGACAGCACCGAUGACCUGACACUGGCGUCUUCAGGGGAUGGGGGUCUGCCAGAGAUCACAGUGAGCUUCGACAACACCCGGGUCAUGUACGGCUUCUGCAGCAUGAAAGAGCCAAACGCUGCACUGCCACGCUACAUCCUUAUCAACUGGGUUGGUGAGGAUGUCCCGGAUGCCAGGAAGUGUGCCUGUGCCAGUCAUGUGUCCAUGAUCGCGGAGUUCUUUCAGGUCAGUCUCACUGAGGGAGUGGACGUCAUCAUCAAUGCCAGCAGCAUGGAGGAUAUCGACCCCGCGGCUAUCGGCCAGAGACUGACCAACGGGACAGCUGUGAUCGCCAGUCCUGUGCUGAGCCGACUGCGAAUAAGAGAGGAGGAGCAGACGCAGCCUGUGGGCACCUGCUAUGAGAAGACCAACGCUGAGAUCGAAAUGAAAAAGAUCAAUCGAGAGGAGUUCUGGGAACAAGCCAAGCGCGACGAGGAGAUGCGGAAGGAGGAAGAGAGGAGGAAGGCUCUGGAGGAGAGGCAGCGGUUCGAGGAGGAGCGCAUGGAGCUGGAGAGGAGAGAGCAGGAGGAGCGAGAGAAGAGGUACCAUGAGAGGGAGAUGCAGAUCGAGGAACACAGGAGACAGCAGCAGAGCAAGGAGGUAGAGGAUGUGCAAGAAAGGACGAAAGACCAGUCCAUUUUUGUAAGAGAAAGCUGUCUGUCUGUAGAACAGGAGGAAGAGGCCAGUCAGCAGCUCAAGAAGAUGGAGUCGGAAGUAGAGGAGGCAGCAGCGAUCAUCGCUCAGAGGACAGACAACCCUCGCGAGUACUUCAAGCAGAGAGAGCGGGCCGUGGCCAUCAGCUUCGACAGCUCCCCUCUCUCCAGCCACAGGGCAGGCCGCUUGGAGAGCCCGUUCUUGAAGCUGCACCACAGUCUCCCUGAACCCAGCUCGUCCCCCCCUUGCUCCCCGCUGCUGUCGCCCGCCCUGCCCCUCACCCAGCUGCAGCCCAGCCUGCCCGAAGAUGACCUCAUCAGUGCCAGCCCUGACCGGAGCCCCACCCCUCUCUUAACCACACCCAUUCCCAGAAUCGUGACCACACCCAUCUUCGAGGAGACUGAGGAUGACACGCAGCCGGACAGCCACAGCGACUGGGCAGCCCCCCCACCCCCCGAGCCUGCCCUGCCCCCCUGUGUGGACUCGUCCUGGGACAAACCUGAGCAGAGCGUCGCCCCUCAGAUGCACGAGGAGGAACCCCUCAUCUCAGACUUCCGAGAGAUGCCCCCCAUCCCAGAGCCAGUGCCCCCACCCCAGGACCCCACGGCCAGCCUGCUGGACCUGUGGGACAGCCCCGCCCCUCAGUGUGCUUCAGAGCAGCUGCCCCUGCUAGUGGAGGCCCCUCCCCAGGACUCCUCCUCCUCCGUGGCCCCCCUGCCCCUGCACUCGGAGCCCCCUGCAGCAGAGGGGACCCUCCUGAGCUUCGACGACCUGCCCGAGCCCCCCGCCACAUUCUGUGAGGCCGAGGAGGGGGGAGACAACCCCCCCAGUCUGGUGGACAUCAGCGGCCAGCACCAGAUGACACUCGGGUACCAGCGCGCCCUGCAGGAGGCAUCGGGGUCCGACAGCCAGGACAAGGAGGAGCUGCUGAUGACCAACGGAGAGACGCUGCAGAAGGAGGGGACGCAGGCGAGCGAAGGAUAUUUCAGCCAAUCACAAGAGGAGGAAUUCGCCCAAUCAGAUGAGUGCUCUGCAAAAGUGGCCCCGGGACCCAUCUUCUAUAAUAAGCCUCCAGAGAUUGACAUCACCUGCUGGGACACGGACCCGGUGACAGAGGAGGACGAGUACGGAGCAGAGGAGUGAAGAGGGAGAGACGGAGAGAAACACUUCAAAAACUAAUAAUGUAACAAUAAGCCUUGCAUCAAAAAUUCUGUAAAAUGAAAAAAAAAAACAAAAAAAAAAACGCUUAAGAGUUCUUGUUAAAGGUGCAGCCUGUUUUUAAUUCAUUAAAAAUAUAAACUGUGGGGAUUGUGGCGAAUCGUGUUGGGAAGGAUCUGCUUCGGAAAGGAAAAGCGAACUGCUUAACUUGCAAUCAAACUUUUGAUAGCCUUGCAUUAGAUAUUGCCUUUGAUACAGACUGCCUGUCUGGUUUAGUGGACAGGGCUACACUAGCGUGUUUGUGAUGUUGGGGAUGAGAAGCACAUAGAAAAAUAAGGAUACAUUUUAAAAUAAUAAAUACCCUAUUUCCACA